UAUCUUCUGCUCCUGCUGCAACAACGCUAACAAAAACAUCCAAACAAAAUCAAAAUCGCAGCCAUGGCCACAGUUUUCUUCUCAAACGCAAAGCUCUUCGCCCCCUCAAUCUCCCCACCCCACAGACAGAUGAUUCUCUGCCGAUCCGCCGCCGCCGCAAGCGAGGGCAUUCUCUUCGACCGCCGCACAAUUUCAGUGUCCCUCACAAUCGCCGCCGCGUCCACACUCAUUUUCACCGGUCUCAAUAACAACGGCUCCGCCAAUGCCGCCAUUCUCGAGGCCGACGACGAUCAAGAGCUGCUCGAGAAGGUUAAGGAGGACAGGAAGAAGAGGAUUGAAAGGCAGGGCGUCAUCAGCUCCUCCGCCGUAGAAAAAGCCAAUCUACAAGAUCUUGUCUACAAGCUUAGCAAAAUCGGGCAAGCGAUUGAGAAGAAUGACCUAUCUACGGCGAGUUCUGUUCUCGGCUCCAGCAGUGACGCCGAAUGGGUCAAGAAAGUGAAUGCUGCAAUGAACAAGCUGAGUUAUAGCAAGGAUGAGAAGGCAGAGGUCGACGCAUUCAGUUCCUCGCUGGAAUCCUUAAUAUCAUCAGUGUCCAAGAAUGACAUUGAAGCCUCAAAGGUAGCCUUUGUGCUCUCGGCCUCUUCUUUCGAGAGGUGGACUGCUCUUUCUGGACUUGCCGACCAGCUCAAAGGCCUCUGAGAGUCGGAAAAAAAAUUCUUGUGUGUGAGAUUACAGUGAUUGUUUUACUCGCAAUGUUGUUAUAUGUGAUUCUUUUGCGGCGCGAUCAAAAUUAACCGAAAGGAUUCUUUGGCGUGGAGAAUCUGUGUAGUUUUUUUUUGAGGUGUAACUAAAUCUUCUGUGGGAAAGGUCAAGUUUUUUUGGCGCCAACAGUUUGCUAUAUGGUCGAUUCAAAGUGGAUAUUAUCAUAUCAAUUGGAAAGUAUAAAUUCAAUUUUUGGA